GUGCGUGUCAAAAUGGCGACAGCUUGGCCGCAUAGCGAAAUAUUAAAAUUUUUGGAAUAUUACCGAGCCGAAACCAUUAUAUGGAAUCCUAAACAUAAAAAUCACAAGGAUAAAAACAAGGUGUCGGAUGCAUGGAAUCGCAUAAGUAAUAACAUGGGCAUUCCGGUAGAGGAUUUAAAAAAGAAAAAGGAAACGUUGAUGACAGCUUUCAGAACAAAUUUAAAAAAGAAAAAGGAGUCUAUAAGGUCUGGGGCUGGACUCGACGAUAUUUAUACGCCGUCGUGGCCUUUUUUCGAGAUAAUGGAAAGUUUUUUAAGAGAUGUUUAUGAAUGCAAGAGUAUCAUAAACACAGACGGCGGAGCUUCAACCUCGUUAGAUGACGAAGAUUCAAUUACGUCACAAAAUGAAAAUAUCGAAAAUGAAGACCCAAAUGCUACAGUGAAUUCUGAAAUAAACAUUCCUGUAAUACGCCGUCGUUCUAGAAAUCCACCUGAAUUACAAGAGGCUAGUAACGAAAUGAAAAGAGCUUUUUCAUCUUUGAACAGCGUACUCAGCAGUAAGAAGCAAAAGAUAGAUAGCGAAGAUGAUUGCGAUCUAUAUGGAAAACUACUAGCUAAAAGGUUAAGACAAUUUACAGAUUUGGAAAAACAAGAGUUGAUGUACGAAAUAGACGGCUUAUUGUUGAAAAAACGUCAAUUGUCAUCUAGACAAAAUUCCAGUCGUUAUGUGGUCCAAUCUCCAUCCCAAAUAAUAAUAUCUUCCAAAGUCGAUAGAACAUUACUGGACUACGAUGCUAUGUUUGGCGGACUUUUAAACAAUCCAGAUGCUUCAUAUCGGAUUACUGUACCUGGACCCGAGUAUUUCUUGGACAUAAACAGCAAUGUUAUGGUUCCAAGUAUAACUGCAGCUGACAUUGAACAAUAA